UCUCCGUCCUGACGUCUUCUUUUCUCUGGACAUUUGUGCGCGAGAGUCUUUUUUUUCUCUCUCUUUUAUUUCUGGGACAGGAACAACAAUGGUUAUAAAGCGUUGGCAACAGCAGUAACAGGAAGUUUGGACUACUGAAGAGACAUAAUGAAUUGGUUCCCCGGAGCACAAUAACAGGCUGUAAUUCUUGUUUUGUUUUGUUAUUAUUUUUGGGGACUUCCUGUUGGUUUAUCUUCUGUAUUUGUCCGUGGAUGUUGUGAUGCCUCUGCAGAAGAUGGAGCACAGCUCGUGCACGGAGGAUCGUAUCCAGCAUGUCCUCGAGCGUUGCCUCUGCGACCUGGGGCUCAACACUCCUGACAAAGAGCUCUGGAACGCUGGCCUGUGCAUUAACCGCUGGUGUUUGGAGGAACUUGUGAAGAGAGAUCCCCACAACUUCCUCAUCCUUCUACAGAAAAUACUGAGGAAAACAAAAGAGGUGCUAGAGCAGUGUCGGUAUGAACUGGUGGUGCCCCUCUCUCUCCUCUUCUCUUCAACCCUGCUAAAAGCUCCUCACGUGGCUCCAGACAGUGGCGUCCUGCAGGAGGCCUACCUGUUGUUCCAUAGUUUCCUGUCCUGGCCUGAGCCCUGCUGCUCUGCCAGUAAACGCCUGCUACAUAUCAUCCAGCAGGAGCUCAGAGCACCAGGUAUUUCAUUUCAAAGACUGGUGAGGACGGAGCAGGGGUCCUCCCCCGAGGUUCACAGCUCUAAAACCGUGACGGUGCUGUUGGUGAACCCAGAUGAGGACGUCCCUCCAGAGGUGCAGUCUGUCUCCGAGAAGCUGAGUAGCACCCAGCCCUGCAACAGAGAUGUCACCGUCACCCUCAUCCGGCACGGCUUUCAGGCUGCUCUGGGCACCAAACACGACCUGCAGGCACUAAACACUACCCUGCAGACGAAGCGGCCCGAGGAGCUGGAGCAGCUCCUGGAGGAAGUGACUGAGAGCAUGGAGAUCGCAGCCUCCUCAGCAGAUCUCUGCGCGGCGAGACGGGGUCUAACGAACAGCUUGGAGAGGCUUAGAGAAAGCUUUGGUGUUCCUGUUCCUGCCGAUGGCUGUCCAGACACGGGGGCUGUGGAAACUUUCAUGCUGCCUCUCCCCAAAUGUCACACAUGUUCUUGGGAGAACGACAACUUUGAUAUUCUGAACAACGUCCUCACAAGUGAGUCGGACGUGGAUUCAACUGAAGACUGUUUCCUGAAAUCAGAAAUCGAAGAGGAUUAUAACAACGACACCAGCGUGGAUGAGGAAGACGAGCUGGAGGGAAACAAAGGGGACGACGACUUUCAAAACCACCGCAUCUCCACAGCAUCUUCUUCCUCCAGGGACUCCGGCUACUCCCUCUCCUCCAGCUGGUCUGUGCCGUCCGCCUCAUCGGGUGUGGAAAGUGACUUCAGUGGACUUGAGGACACGGUGCAUGAGGACACGGAGGAGGGACAAGACAGCCAACCAAAACCCAGAAAGAAACCCAAGAAGAAGUCCAGAUCCAUGUUAGGCGUGGACCGCCUCUCCAUGCUUUUCAAGAAUCCCCGCAGCCCGAGCGUCUGCCGCCGCGUCCAGAGCAUGGGCUACCGUAGUGAUUUCACCAAAGACCUUCAAAGGACCGGGUCGAUGCUCAAACACGCCAGGUCCAGACAGGUCCACCCUCUGCAGGCGUCCACUGCCGCCUUAGACCCCCUCUCCCCCCAGAAGCACAUGUGUGUCCGCAGGAGGCCGAUCCUGAGCUGCGACGAGGGCGAUGUGGCAGAGGCGCCUACCCUGGUCAAGGUGGUGGUGUUUGGAGGCGACAAAGAGGCCGGCAGGUUAGCCAGGGCGUACAGCGACCUGCAGCAGAAAGAGAGGAAAUGUCCCCGACUCACCAAGACGUGCAAGCUGCAGUUUUAUUUUGUACCCACCAAGAGACGAACAACAGGAAGCCCAGGACACACACCAACUGAGGGGCAGACAGGAAGUUCAAGCAGAGCCGCAGCGUCCGUGGUGAGAACAUGCGAGUCUAAUGAGCUGGUGGUGGAGGACAGUAACACACACAUCGCCCAGAUGUUGGGGAUGAUGGAUCCCUGGUACGAGCGGAACGUCCUCAGUCUGCUCAGUUUGUCCUCCGACGUCCUUUGUCAGACUGCCUGUAAGGAGGGGGGUGUCUCAGAGGGCGGUGGCAGCGUGGAGCGUCUCCCCCUGCUGGCCGACAUGGUGCUUUAUUACUGCAGACAUGCAGACCAGCCCGUCCUGGUGCAGCUCUACCAGGCUGAGCUGACCCUGGCAGGAGGGGAGAGGAGACGGGAAGUGUUCAUUCGCUCUCUGGAGCUCGGGCACUCCGCUGGAACCAGAGCUGUUAAAGCCAUGGGUGCAGCCAGCAAAAGGUUUGGAAUCAAUGAGGAACGAGAGGCUGUCCCUUUAACACUAAGUGUUGCCUACAACAAGGUGGCUGUUAGUGGGAGGAGCCAGUGGAUCGAGGCGGAGAUCGACUGCACAUCAAUUAAUCUUUACAAAGCCUGCAGGAAGCCGGAGCAUCUGUGUGACGAUUCAAGAAUAGAAAGUCUGCAGCUGACAAUCACAGAGGUCCUGAAGAGGCAGUGCUCCAAGUCUAAAAAGUGCCACAACCAGCACAUCUCGAUCUCAGAGGCGAAGGUGGACAAGGUGCAGGUGAACGGUGGAGACGACGGGACGACUUUUGCCGUGUGUCUGGAUCAGGAUGAGAAGAAGUUCAUCCAGAGUGUGACCAGGUGUGAGGUGUCUCUGUGCUGUAAACCAGGAAGCAGCUCAGACUGGAGGUCCUACAAGCCUUUACCAGGCCAAGUCCAGCCUCUGCACCCGUCCUACUGCUCUCUGCUCUGCCUUCCCAUCACCUCGUUCUCUGCCUCGUAUUCCUGACACACUUACACGCGUCAUAUGUUACUUAACACAUGGAUGUUUAAACCGAAGCAGCACGGGAUGCAGAACAAAGAUACUGAGUAACACCUGAAAAUGAAAGGGCUGCGCGGUACUAACGAGGGUGACACUUAUUCACCCACCUGCCGUAUUUUACUGGUUUGUCCCGUAGCCAACAUCAAGCUGUGUCACACUGUUUCCAGCUUUCUCCUCUACUGUCCGUCUUACUGUGCAUUAACUGAUGUUGUUGUUCUUGCGUGGAGGAUUUUCUCAGGGUCAGAUCACUUGUCAAAUAUGUCAAUUAUCCGCUGUCAGCAGCAUAAAACUGAUUACUUGAUUACUAUUGUGUACGUUGUAUUGAUCCAUGACUCUUUGUUAAAGAAAUGUGUAAUAAAAUGAGCUAUUUAUUUUAAAGUGAUAGCAGUUCAAAUACAUUUUUAUAUGUUUUUAAAAUUGCUUUUUAUUGUUUUCUU